CAAGAAAAACAAUUGAAAAAGAAUGACUGCUUUCGAAGAAAUGGGCGUUUUGCCGGAAAUAGGCAAAGCAGUUGAUGAAAUGGAAUGGACACUACCGACAGAUGUUCAAGCUGAAGCUAUCCCAUUGAUUUUGGGUGGUGGCGAUGUACUCAUGGCCGCAGAAACUGGUAGUGGGAAAACUGGUGCUUUCUGUUUGCCUAUUUUACAAAUAGUUUGGGAGACCCUUAAAGAUUUGGAAUCUGGGAAAGGAGCUACUGGAGCUGUAGUUCAACAACCGACGCAUUGGGGUCUGAGUCUGUUUGAUAGAGGACGAGCCAUGGCAGUAACAACGGAUGGUUUAAGAUGUCAGAGUAGAGAACAAAAGGAAUGGCAUGGUUGCCGUGCAAAUAAAGGAGUAUCGGGAAGUGGCAAGUAUUUUUUCGAAGCAACAGUCACCGACGAAGGUUUAUGCCGAAUAGGCUGGUCUACUUCUCAGGCUGCCUUAGAUUUAGGAACAGACAAAUUUGGUUAUGGAUUUGGUGGUACAGGAAAGAAAUCAAAUGCGAAACAAUUUGAUAACUAUGGAGAGGCCUUUGGAAUGCACGAUGUGAUUGGAUGUUUUCUAGAUUUGGUGAAAGGCGAAAUAAAAUUUACCAAGAAUGGCAUGGAUUUGGGUGUCGCGUUUAUAUUAAAUGCACAGCAAAAAUCGCAGACUUAUUAUCCAGCUGUUGUAUUGAAAAACGCCGAAAUGGCCUUUAAUUUUGGAGCGCAACCGUUUAAGCAUUCGCCUCCAAAUGACUAUGUGGCUGUGUCUUCGGCUCCAAAAGAAUUUGUCAAGUUCAAUACUGUUAAUAGCAAUCAGAGUUCGUCUAAUGAAAGCGGUAAACAAAAAAAUAAUGCGCCUCAAGCGAUCAUCAUAGAGCCUUCUCGCGAAUUAGCUGAACAAACUUACAAUCAAAUUCAGAAGUUUAAGACACACUUGAAGGAUCCGACGAUCAGAGAGUUACUCGUCAUCGGUGGAAUAAGCGUAAAAGAGCAGAUUGCUGUUUUGAAUUCUGGCGUGGAUAUAGUAGUCGGGACUCCUGGACGAUUAGAGGAUCUCAUACAAGGCGGUUAUUUGUUGUUGACGCACUGCAGAUUCUUUGUGCUGGACGAAGCUGACGGACUACUAAAACAGGGUUACACCGAACUUAUCGAUCGUCUGCACAAACAAAUUCCGAAAAUUACGUCGGAUGGCAAAAGAUUGCAAAUGAUUGUGUGUUCGGCGACAUUACACGCAUUUGAAGUGAAAAAGAUGGCCGAACGUUUGAUGCAUUUUCCAACUUGGGUGGAUCUAAAAGGCGAAGAUGCAGUGCCUGAGACCGUACAUCAUAUCGUAGUAAUGGUAGAUCCGCAGAAGGACAAAUUAUGGCGUAACUGCAGGAAUUACAUAGAAACUGAUGGCGUGCAUGCAAGAGACGAGAUGAAUCGAACAAAUGAUAUUGCCUGUACGUUGUCGGAGGGUGUAAAGAUACUGAAGGGAGAGUACUGCAUUCGUGCUAUCAAAGAACAUAAAAUGGAUCGAGCAUUGAUAUUCUGUAGAACAAAACUCGAUUGCGAUAAUCUCGAAAGAUACCUGAAAAAAUCCGGUGGACAACAGUUUUCGUGCGUGUGUCUACACGGAGACAGAAAGCCCGGAGAACGUAAGGCUAAUUUGGAGAAAUUUAAACGCAAGGAAGUAAAAUUUUUGAUUUGCACCGACGUGGCUGCUAGAGGAUUGGAUAUCACUGGUUUACCUUUCAUGAUAAAUGUGACGUUGCCCGACGAGAAGUCUAAUUAUGUGCAUCGCAUUGGAAGAGUUGGUAGAGCUGAGAGAAUGGGUCUGGCUAUUUCUUUGGUCAGUAGCGUUCCAGAAAAGGUAUGGUACCACGGCGAAUGGUGUUCUUCUCGCGGAAGAAACUGCAGCAACACCAAUCUGACCGAUCAAGGUGGCUGUUGCACAUGGUAUAAUGAACCUCAAUACUUGGCAGAUAUUGAGGAUCACUUGAAUGUGACGAUUCAACAAGUCGGUCCAGACAUAAAAGUACCAAUGAACGAGUUUGAUGGGAAAGUCACAUAUGGCGAAAAGAGAAUGACGAUGGGUUCUGAUUACAAAGAUCAUGUCCAGCAAAUGGCCCCUGUUGUGACCGAAUUGGCAGCGCUGGAAUCCAGAGCGCAGCUUGCGUUUUUAAACAUUCAUAUGGCGGAGGGUUAAAGUGAAAUUACUCAAAGAUAUUUAACGACUGAAAUUCUAAUCGAGUCUCGCAAUUCUAGUAAUAUAGAAUUCUAUUCCAA